AUGGAUAACGGGACUCCUGACAAGCUACGUCAAGCCCUCGCCGAAGCGGGCAACCUCUAUCUCUGGCAGAUCCAUAGGCAUAUUCAGGUUGCCUCGUUUAUAGUCUUGGUGCUCGAGAUGCUCGAGACCCUCCCGGAUGAGAUCGACUUAAUAUGGCCUACUAACAUGAGUGUGAUGAAGGCCGUAUAUUUGGUCAACAAGUACUCGCCCUCCGUGGAUUUCCUACUCUUGAUGCUUGUGGAUUUUGCCUCGCGCUCGCCUAGCUCGUGCGACCUGCGAUUCAAAGUGCUGGUGUAUUGUUACCUCACUGGGACUCUGUUCUCCGAGUUCAUCUUGAUCGUCCGCACUUAUGCCCUUUGGGCGUGCGAUCGACAUAUGCUCUACUACAUCAUUUUUGUAGCGUUGAUGAUGAUUCCCCAUGCCUAUUACGUCUCUUACGACAUGCUCAAGCAAAACUCGGCAAACUUUUCAGCUGCCGAGCUUGUGGUACGAAUAUUCGGAUGCAUGCCUCCAAUCCAGGAUGAAGGCACUUGGCCGGCCUUCACAUAUCUCAUUUGCGCUGAAACAAUGGUUGUUAUCAUGACCUUAUUUAAGCGCUACUUGGAUCCUGUCGCACUUAAUGAACAUCAGUCUUAUACCAGCAUGGUGCUCCGUACGAUGUAUCGCGAUGGGACUUGCUUUUGGGCAAUCGUGCUUGCGCUCUCCGGAGUCAACAUGCUCAUGAUGUUUUUGGCACCUAGAGAACUGUCGUACUCGAUGCAGAUGCCACUUCGCACAGUACACAGCGCACUUUGUACGCGGGUGCUCCUCAACCUUCGCAAGGUUGCUGCGAAAGCAUCUCCUACACAGCAAGAUCUCGAUUUCCUGACCACCCUAGCUCUGGAGCCGUUUCCGGAGUACUCCGCAACAGAGGAGUCGGACGAUUCGACGCCGCAUACGGAGAACUUUGAGCUUCAGGAUAUACUUCACCAGCCAACCCUCCCCGGUUCACCCAGCAUAAGUAGUCCCGCUCGUCGUGUGCCCUACGGAUAUGCUUGGAUUAUUGGAGCUAUUCCCUCCAAAGCUACGAUGACGACUGUUGCCGCCCCCGCAUUGGCCGUAAUCCUCCCGGAAGCCGGCGAUCUAUAUCUCUAUCAGGUCAACAAGUAUCUGCAAUUCGCAGCUUUGACAUGCUCCAUCCUGGAGAUCAUUUCGACGCUCCCAGAUGAGAUCUCUUUAAUAUGGCCUGCAAGGAGGAGUUUCAUGAAGGUGAUCUUCCUAGUCAACAAGUAUUCGCCUCUCCUGGACUUUAUCUUCAUCGUAUUGGUUGAUAUGAUCGCUCGAGAGCCUCACAUGUGUGCGAUAUACUUCCAAGCUCUGACGUAUAGCUACUUCAUUGGAACGCUCGUAUCUGAAUUGGUCGUCAUCCUGACUGUCCUGAAACGAUACGUCGAUCCUGCUAUCACCGAGAGUUCCUUCGCCAGUGUCGUUCUUCCGACUAUGUACCGUGACGCCGUUCUCGCUUUCUCUGUUGUCAACUUCCUCAUGAUGUUCUUUGCGCCGCGAGAACUCUCAUAUUCGAUGCAGAUGCCUCUCCGGGUCGUACACAGUGCGCUGUGCACUCGUGUACUACUCAAUCUUCGCGAGGCGGCUGCUCAAGCCUCGUCUACUCACUACGCGGACUUUACUGUUCAAACGACGCUCGCGUUUGAGCACCCGGCAUUCACAGAUAUGGAGUCUCGGGAAGAUGGACGACCUCUCUCCUCGUACGCCCUGACGGAACUCGGCCACCAUGGGUGA